AUGAUAUUCGACGAACUGCUUAGCGUUGUCAGUCCGCGUUUAUACUGGAUACUAUUUGUGAUUGUACUUAUCAUAAGUAAAAGAAUGUUGGAACUCUACGGUCAGAAAUCAUCGAAAAAAGAAGAGUCGACAUUUAAACCGACAGAUGACGAGCGCGAAAGAAUGAAAGCAUUGGAACACGAACGUGGCUUAGCGUUCGACAAAUUUUAUCGAUUUGGCACUGCUGCUGAACCUUCAAUUGUCCUAGAUGACUUUUUAUUUCUUGGAAAUAUGCAGCAUGCAAAUAAUAGCGAUUUAUUAGAAAGAUUUCAAAUCAAGCACAUUAUCAAUGUCUGCGAUAUCAAACUGAGACAGAUGAUUCUUGAUAAUUUCAACGUUGUACAUAUUCCGAUGCCUGACGAGCCUCGUACGAACAUCAAACAGCACUUCGAUCGAACAAAUGAGCUGCUGCAUGGUUAUUAUGAAAAAAAAGAACGGUGUCUUGUACACUGUGCUGCUGGUGUUUCCCGGUCAGCAACGAUCGUUCUUGCGUAUUUGAUGAAAUACCAUCAUAAUACUCUGAAAGAAGCCUUUUUCUACCUGAUUGAAAAACGUCCACAAAUCUGGCCGAACGAAGGUUUUCUAUUACAAUUAAUUCGUUAUGAAACAGAAUUACUUCAAGCACAUGAAAUUCCGAAGAAAAGCAACGGCUCGAUCAAAGAUCUUCGAAAGGAGGAGAAUCCCAUCGAGACACUAGUUGAAUUUGAACACAAACAUGAGAAAGAUGAUAAUUCUUGA